AUGAUAUUUCCUCCUAGGCUUAUUCUAGCCCUUGCUGUGGGGAUCGCUUACCCAAAUCUUUGCCUGGCCCAGUACCACAUUAAUCCUCCCAAGACCGUCUUCCCGGACUUCAAGUUUCCCUCGGAUCACAAGGAUACACCCAUAGUCUUUGAAUGGAGGAAUCUGCAGUACGGCUUCCCCAGUGAACAAGAACGGGAGCAGGUGCUCCGAAAUGGUCGCUACAAUCCGGAUAGUCCCAUUCCCAUUGACAUCGAUGUUUAUUACCCACCUAAUGGCGGUCCACCCCGACACUUCGUGACGUCUCCCCGCUUCGGACAGGGAGUUCCCUUUUCCCUGGCCUACGUCACCAAUGUGCAGCGGGAGAACGGAAGCGAAAUCCAGGCCUAUCCCAGCUACCAGUGGCACAGCAGCCACGGAGCGAACUGCGAUGGUCUGACGUCGGUGUACCGCAUUCACAUCGACGCCUGUGGCCAGAUGUGGGUGCUGGACAGCGGGGAAAUAGAGUUCGUGCAGCACUGUGCCCCGCAGGUGGUGGUCUUCGACCUGGCCACCGAUCAGUUGAUCCAUCGCUAUCGUCUACCCGAAACGUCCUACAAGGCGAAGGUCAGUAGGUUCGUGAACAUAUUUGCAGACAUCAGGGAUCCGCCGCCCAGUGGGCAGUGCAAGGAUGUGUUUGCCUACCUGGCGGAUCCCACCAGCAAGGCCAUAGUGGUGUACGAUGUCGUGGGCCAGAGCUCCUGGCGCAUCGAGAACAAGUUCACCUAUCCGGACGCGAAGUUCGGAACGCACACGGUGGCUGGCGAGAGUUUCGAGCUGCUCGAUGGCCCUCUGGCCUUGGCAGUGACUCCUUUGGGACUGGGAUUGCGCCGCCAUCUGAUUUUCCACGCGCUGACCAACGAACUGGAGCUGGCCAUUCCCUUGGAUGUCCUGAAUAACGCCACCAAUUGGCAGAAGGGCUUUAGCUCCUCCCUGUCGGACUUCAUUACGCUGGGCAAAAGGGGGAUUCAGUGCGCCACACAUGCGAUAAGCAGGCGGGGAUUCUGGUUCUGUGGCUUCCUGGAGCCCAUCGGCAUUUUCGGCUGGGACAUCCGAAGGCCCUACAACCGGGAGAACGUCCAGCCACUUGCUCUCAAUCCGGUUACGCUGCAAUUCGUGAGUGGCAUGAAGAUUGUCCGCAGACCUGCUGAUGGCCAGGAGGAACUGUGGCUGCUCUCCGAUCGCCUGCAGAAGAUAUUUGCCGGAACCAUUGACUACAGGGAAAUCAAUUACCGGGUGAUGCGGUGCGAUGUGGAUGGCCUCUUGCAGGGGCGGGGCUGCUUUUAG